CGCAGUCCGUUCAAAUCACAGAGAGGGAAAGAGACAACGAGCAGGCGGCAGUGGUUCAUUCUGCAGUGGUCAUAGCGAAAAUCUGCCUUCUCUGCAAAGUCCCGAGAGAUGCCAACUUGAAACAACAGAUUAGAUAGCUAUUCAGUUGAUUGGCUACCACACGAAACAUCUAUUGCCUGAGAAAGAAUCUGCAUGCAAAAUAUGGUUGUGAGUGACAGCUGGCAAAGAGGAGUGCCUUGCUGAGUCAAACUCCUGUGGACCCUCAGCAUCUCCCAGCAGGCUGGCUGGCAGCGUGUGCCUAGUUCCCCGCGGGGCCACCCUGUCCUGUAACCAAUGGCAACGUCGGUCCAAACCCUUCCUCUGACCCGCAACCCCAGCAAGACAUUCCGUGAUCCCAUCUCGACCCCUACCCGGUCCACAGCCCUAUUGGACCGGUUCAGUAUGGGUAGUGUAGGCAGCCUAGUGGAGCGCCCAGACGCGUCCCCAGCUAAAGGCAGCCGGGCCGUGCCCCAGGUGGGACCCAGGCAGACCAACAGGAUAUUAAAGAAAGGCUUCAACCAGAGAGAGUUGCUCAACUACCUCAACAUUACCAGGAAAGAGGCCAAAGCGGGUAGCGGCCCAGGCAGCAGUAGGAAGGACAUCUUCUCCAGCAUGCAGUCCAUGAAGAGAGAGCAUGGACAUGAGGAGGAACACAUCAAGAUCUACCACAAAGACAGAACUGAGGUGGACAUGUCAAAGAACUCACUGCCCAUUAGAGGGAAAUAUGAGAAGUCUCUUCCCAGGCCGUCUGCCUUCAAGCUGGUCACACCCAAGAACUUCAGUUCCAUGCAGAACCUCUACCCUGCCAAGAUAGAGGACUCAGACCAGGGCCUGUCCAACGGGCUCCACCGGGCCUACGCACACACACCUAGAGCUGUCUCCACCUCCUCUUCCUCCUCCUCACCCUCCCGACAUGGAGGACCCACCUCCAGCGGAACCAAGGCGGUAGCGUCAGUGCGUGGUCUGAGUCAGGAGGAUGAGAACCUGUCAGACUCUGGUCAUAACUCCAUGAACAGUCUUCCUCCAUACAGACCUCCCUUCAGACCACAGCUGGCUCACAUCAGUGCCUCCAUGAGCCACAUCAACACCAUUGGCUCUCUGGACCGAGCAUCAAAGGUUGCGGGGUCGUCGGGGGUUGCUAUGACGGAGAUGGCCAUGUCGUGUCGUAGCAUGGCAACACUCAGCCGCCUGGCGCCAUACGGAGGGGAGGCUCCGCCCCCUUACGAACUGUCGUUCUCCGUAGAGGAGGUGGUGCGUGAUCUGGAGGAGAGGCUGGUGGAGAAGGAACACGAGCUGAAACAGAUGAGGAGGAACCUGGAUGAGAGUGAAGGAGCCAUUGCACAGGUGUUUGAAGGUAAACAGCGUCUGUGGGAGAAGGAGUUGGAGGAGUUGAAGCAUCUGUACGCCGCCAAGCUGCGUCAGGUUUCCCAGCAUGCUCAGCAUUCCCAGCAUGCACUGCAGCUGCAGCUGCACAAGGCCCAGCAGGAGAAGAACAGACUGCAGGACGAACUGGAAGCUCUGGAAGGGGGGAGACAGAGAGAGGGUCAGGGCAGUCUGAAGGGAACCAGCCCUACUCUGGAGGAGACUCAGUGGCAGGUGUGUCAGAAGUCGGGUGAGAUCUCGUUGUUGAAGCAACAGCUGCGUGAUUCCCAGGCGGAGGUGACCAGCAAGCUGUCAGAGCUGUUCCAGCUGAAGACCCAGCUGAGAGAGACCAGAGGAGAGCUGCAGAGAAGUGAUGGACAGAUAGACACGCUGCAGACAGCCCUACAGGGGGCGCAACUUCGACAACUGGAGAAAGGUGGUGCAGAGGAGAGUGGAACACUAGAGUCUCGAGGAUCAGGAGGGGCAUCAGGUCCUACAGAGGAGCGUCUGCGAGCAGAGCUGUUAUUAGAGCGUUGUCAGAGCGAGGCCCAGGCUACGGCCUUCGAGCAGGAGAGACAGACGUGGCAGACAGAGAAGGAGAAAGUAAUCUGCUACCAGAGAGAGCUGCAGGCCAGCUACCUGGACAUGUACCGCCACAACCAACUACUGGAGAGAGAACUAUACCUGCUCAGAGGAGAAGGAGUCGGAGGAACACUGGAGAGAGAACUAUACCUGCUCAGAGGAAGAGGAGAAGGAGGAACACUGGAGAGAGAACUAUACCUGCUCAGAGGAAGAGGAGAAGGAGGAACACUGGAGAGGGAACUGCAAGAUGUGAGGGGAGGAAGAGGAGGAGAAGGAGGAGGGCGAGAGAUGGAAGAAUACAGUAACGAGUCACUGGAGAGAGAAGUGCAGGAGGUGAGGAGAGGAAGAGGAGGAGGAGAGAGAGAAAGAGGAGAGGAAGACAGCAUACCUCCUCCUGGUCUUCCCUGGAUAGAGAGGAUAGAGUCGUCUGAGAUUUGACUGAGUGGACACUAGAUGGGGGGCCCAUUCCAAACCAAACACUCAACCCCUCUUCCUAUCUCCUUGAUGAAUACUCAGGCUUCUUACAGACUUUAAAGGACAGGAGGGGCCCCAUUCCAAACCAAAUCCUCACCCCUUAUCUUUAUUUCCUUGUGGAGGGCCCAGUUCCAAUUCCAAAACAACACUGCACUCCUAUACCUGUGUGAACUAGACUGAAUAGUGUGCAUAUAUAAUCAGCAAUACAAUGAUACCCUCUCUGGUACUGUUUUUUGGAAGUUCCACUUCCUACUUCCUGUUUCAAUCCACCAAUAAAUGACAACUUCCUGUUUCAGUCCACCAAUCAAUGACAGCGUAUUAGAGUCGAGAACACUUUACAAUCCUUCAAGCACGACACCGACCAAACCUCACUUUAGAGGGCUGCUUGUAUGUACAAAGGAUAAUAAUAAUAAUAAUAAUAAACCUAUUUGUAAAUGUUACUUAUUCAAAUGUUGUUCUGUGUGUAUAUAAUCAAACCAGUGAGUUUGAUAGUUCCGAUCCUCACAGCCGUUCUGUGGGCUUGAAGUUCAAACACUGACUGGGGGAAAGUAAGGGUAGGAAUACGUCCCAAAUGGCACCCUAUACCCUGUAUAGUGCACUACUUUUGACCAGGACCAAUGGGGCUCUUGUCAAAAGUAGUGCACUACAUAGGAAAUAGGGAGCCGUUUCAGAUGCAACCUAGAACGUUGUCCAAAGGAUCUAAAGGGAUUUGGGUUUUGUCCCGGUGAGGUGAGGUACGGUCAUUGUCACUGGAUAAUAAGUCUAGUGUGUAGAGUAGGCCUAAUGUAAAUGACAUUAAAAGUUCUCUUCAUUCAGGGAGCGUCCAGGGAGCUGGGCUCAGAGGAGAAACAUAACAUCACUAGACCAUCAGAGGCCAACACGCGGAUGAUGUUGCUCUGCCAUUAACAAGGGGAAUUUUAGUCUUGUUUUUGUUGUUGGAAAAUGACCCUUUAAGAAACCUGUAAUACUGUAACAAUACUGUAUUCAGGACAUUUUAUGGAAUUUAUAUUUGUCAUGUGAUUCUAUUUUCUGUCCCCAAAUCACUAUAUUGUGAUCUGUAUAUAGUUGUUAGUUAGAUAUACUAAUGCUGCAGAAGCAUGUACUCUUUGAGGAAAUAGCCUGAAUAGCCUGAUAUUACAGCGCUGGCCGUUAUUCUGCAUCCCAUUGGGCUAAUUACUGAUCAUCUAUUGUUGCUGUCGGAGAAAAAAGCUCAUCUCCUAAACGGAUAUUUUCAGCAAAUGGAAGAAAAUUGCCAUAUUUUCCCAUUAACAAACAUACAAUUACAAAACUUUUCUCAAGUUAUUUUGAAUACAUUUUAUUGGUCCUAGAUUCAUUAAAUAUUCAGAGUUCAUUGACGGGAGUUACUGCUUUCAAUACAUGUAAAAAAAAAUAUAUAUAUAUAUAUGGCAAAAAUAGUUUUUCAUCGGACAGCAACGUUUUGUUUAGGGAAAAAUAAAUACUGUACUGUGACUUGUGUUAAACCACUGGAGUGAAAUAAAUAUAUAUAUAAAUAUAUAUAUUAUAUGUUGGUUCUGAAUUUCUAUAAUAAACAUUUAUCAAGUGGUGUGAGA